UUACGAAGUAUCUGUGACCGUGACAUUUUCGAAAGAUAACUGUGUGUGCGGUAUAAAGACAGAAACUUGCAACGAUGAACAUGUCCGUGGAGAAGAAGAAGUACGCCUCGGCGUUGCCAAUCAAUUGGCCCGCGAGAGAAGAACCGAGGAAGAGUCAGAAUCAAUUGGCAUCCACGGGGAAGGUUGAUUAUUAUUACAACCGCGGUGUCAGGAACGACGCGUCGUUGGUGCCACCAAUCAGACAAACAGCGUCAAUUUUUAAGCAACCGGUAACGAUUUACAAGACGCAGGAAGGGAAAGUGAAGGAUAUCAAACACGGCACUCAGGAAAAGCCAAAGCAGGAAGGAGCCGAUAAAACUGAUGGCAAGUAUGGCUCCCAAGAUAAGCCUAAGCAGCUUUUUUGGGAAAAACGUUUGGAAGGAUUACGGGCAUGUGAUCCCGACGGUUAUGAAUUUGAUGGAAUGGAUCUGCCAAAGAACUUGAAACCAGUAGGACCAUAUAUCACAGAAGAAACAUUGCUCCAAAGCGUGGCCACUGCAUUACACGUAUCUACUCAGCCAGUCACGGGACAAACGGGAUCAAAGACGGCUUUAGAGAAGAAUCCCGGAGUAUUUCUUAAUCCUGAUCAACCACUUGUACAGGCUGUCUCGAUAGCGGAUGAAGAUAUAAGGAGACAAGAAGACAGAGUGGCUGUCGCGAGAAAAAAGUUACAAGAUGCCCUACGUGGUCUUCAAACCUAAAUUACAUAGAGACUUUGCAUAUUAUCACUUGCUCAUCUUUUAGUUUUAAGUUCGUUAUAAAUUAUACCAUACCACUUUUUGUAAUAAAUGUUUUUUAUAAA